AUGACUUCCAACGGCUCGACAUCCUCAGGCGUCAAUAUUUCCCCAUUGCAAGCUCAUGCUCGCAACCCCCCAGCCAAGGAUGUAAAUGUCCUUGCAGCUGAGUUCUUCCCUCAUGGCAAGCGCUCGCUCUCCGGCAUCGCAGUGCGCGCCUUCUGCUUAGGCUGCGCACUCGUGCUCGGCCUCGUGGGCACCGGGCUGCUAGCAUACAGUGGCAGCCACCUAUGGCGACCGUGUCUGUUUCUCGCAACUCUGUCACUCUUCCACUUCCUCGAAUUCUACACGACGGCCGCGUACAACACCCCGAAAGCGUACAUCGCCUCUUUCCUCCUCACGAAUGGCGACCAGUACCGGAUGGCCCACACCAUGGCCUUUAUAGAGACACUUGUAACCUCGUACUUUUUCCCAAAGUACCAGUCGCGCAUCCACCCACCGUGGCUCAUCGCAUUGGGCGUCAUAAUGAUUGUGGUGGGGCAGACGGUUCGCAGCACGGCCAUGAUACAGGCGGGCACAAACUUCAAUCACACGGUGCAGUCGCGGAAGAGCGACGGACAUGAGUUGGUUACAAGUGGACUAUACAACUAUUUCCGCCAUCCCUCGUACUUUGGCUUCUUCUGGUGGGGUAUCGGGACUCAAGUGAUGCUUGGCAACAUGACAUGUGGGAUCGGCUAUGCCGGCGUUUUAUGGUACUUCUUCAAGAAGCGUAUCUCGCAUGAGGAGAAGCAUCUCAUAGACUUUUUCGGUGAUGAUUACAGGGCGUACAGGGCGCGAACACGUGUGUGGAUACCCUUUAUUUGA